AAAGCGCAUGAUCGAAUAUUCCGAUAGUAUUACAAAGCUGUUUUUGUUUUACAUUUAAUCGUAACAUUUGCAUGUUAUUAUUUGUUUAUAAUUUAGACGGUAAUUGUAUAUGUUAGUGAUCAAUUGUUUAUAAAUGAGUUAAAUGCUACUGCAGUCAUUCCUAUGACUGGGGUACCGCAAAUUAACACACCACCCCCAUCCUAUCACAAUAUACCGGUGGUAGGCAAUAAUUUUACCAGUCUCGAUGGAAUGGAACCACCUAGUUAUGAGGAGGCAAUAAAUCCAAACGGUAAUGCCCCUCCCCCAUCAUAUGACUCCCUUUUUGGAAGAAUUCGAGAAGCCGAGAGAACUAGUAAGGGGAUUCUCGAUUUCAUAAAAAAUGUGCUAAUUAUACUUUUGGGAACAAUUGGCUGCACAAUUAUAUUAGGGGUAACCAUCGUAAUACCCAUAUGUAUGAUUGUAAUGGGAGCAAUGUAUCUGCACGAUUGUCCUGGAGGGGAAUACAUACCAGUCUAUCUUUUAGUUGGGGGAAUUUUUGGUAUUUUAAAACAAUUACUACAUUUAUCUGUUCGAGUAAGAAAAAGGGAAGAAGAAAGACAGGAGGAGCAUUUACGACAAUCUCCUACACAAACAUUACUGAACUGUUUUAUGCUGGGAUGGUUUAUAAUAGGGUCAGUUUGGGUGUACAAGGAAUACGAACCAAACUACGAUCCAAAUGUCGAUCAGCUUAACUAUUGUAAUAAGAAUUUAUAUUUAUUUGCGUUUUGGUUAAUCACUUCUGUCUAUAUACUGUUAGCUUUUAUAACCGUUUGCUUGUGUUCGUUAAGUAUAAUUAGUAUAGUAUUUAUAGGCGAUCAACUCAGUCUCAGAUAAUGAAUUUUCGAAUUUUAAAAAAUAUACCUGAGUAAUGGAGAAAAUGUUAACAAAAUCUCUUCAAGCUGAAUUAUCGGUUUGCAUGACUUUUCGUUUAUAAAUCAUGAGCCACAGUUCCUGGGUCUUGAGUUAUUUUACUCAAAAUUAAUUAUUGUCGGUUUUGGCGCAAAUUGUAUAUCAAAAAUUAAAGAAUCCCAUAUUGAUAAUUAAAAGAUUAAACUUUUAUUUAGGAUAAUUUUGCAAACAAACAAAACAAUUCCGCAAGUGCCAAAAUUUAAAAUUCUAGAUAUGAAAGCCAUAAAUUACUCAUUUUUAAUAUUACAUAAGUGGUCAAAAACUUCAUUUAAUGUAUUGGUGGCGUUAUUCCACUAGUAUUGCUUGUAAAAUCUAUGUAAAUAAAAUAACAAUAAGUAUGUUACUUUUUAUUUGUAAGAGAAACGUUAAAUCUGUGAUAUAUUUUUGUGACAAAUUAAAUACAUAUGAUUAGUUGUUUUUGUACUUGUUAGACAAAAUGUUAUGUUAUGAGCACGAUCGUAAUAAGUAGUUUUUAUUUUAUGUGUAAAUACAUAACUCUAAUGUUUGAUGUUAAAAUAUUAAUUGUUUCUGAUUAGCAGCUCUAACAUAAACAUAGCAUUCUCUGUAAAUGCCGUAACACAAGCGUACUUCCAAGAGAUAAUUCCGUUACAGUUUAUACUUUAUACAUAUUAAUAGUCAAAAAAAUUACUUGGACCAGAAAUCUACUAAUCUACUUAAACGUUUCACUUUAUGUAAAAGUAUACAAAUAAAAUUAAUAACACACG